AUGGCACCUCUUGUGUGGCUCGUGACUGGAUGUUCUUCCGGCUUUGGACGAGACUUUGUCAAUGAGAUUCUCAGUCGUGGUGAUAAAGUAAUUGCAACUGCUCGCCGAUUAGAAAGCCUCGAGGACUUGAAGAAGACGGGGGCUGCGGUGCUUCAACUAGACGUCACCUGGGACCAGCAGCGUAUCAACGAAACCUUCAGAAGCGCCAUUCAAAUCUAUGGCCAUCUAGAUGUUCUCAUCAACAAUGCAGCUUAUGUCUUGGGUGGUGCAUGGGAAGACCUCUCCUAUGAACAGUUCCAUGAUGCAUUUGAGACGAAUGUAUUUGGGCCCUUGAAAACCACCAAAGCCGUGCUACCCCAUUUUAGAGAAAGAAAGUCUGGCACAAACGUCUUCAUCAGCUCGAUUUCGGGAUGGAGCGGAAUGGAGUUCAACGCAGGUUACUCUGGAACCAAGUUUGCACUAGAAGGAAUGGUCGAAAGUUUGAACAAGGAAGUGAGAUCACUUGGCCUUCGUACACUACUGGUUGAACCCGGCUUCUUCAGAACCGAUCUCCUCUCACAAAGCAAUCUCAAGACUGUGCAGUCGAGUAUCCCAGAGUACAACGAAGCAUCCAAGGCUUUCAACAAGCUACUCUCGGACAAGAACUACGCACAAAGUGGUGACCCAAAGAAAGGAGUAGCCGUUGUCGUGGAUCUUGUUCGCCAGGAAGGGACUGCCAAGGGUAAAACCAUUCCUGUGCGUAUGCCGCUUGGACCUGAUGCGUACGAUGUCAUCAAGAAUAAGUGCGACAAGACGACUCGGCUUUUGGAAGAGUGGAAAGAUGUCAUUUCUAGCACCGAUCUGGAAGAGUAA